CGCGGCGCGGCGCACUGAGACGUGGCUGCGCCCGGUGACCAUCAGUACCACCGGCUAACUCGUAUUGCUUCAUACUGCAGCUGGGCCAGCGCGUGCAGCGCUGCUUGCACUCUAGGUCACCUCAGGUCAUAAAAACAGACUCCUGUUACAGCAGUGCGCUACCAGAGACGCUGCGAAAAACAGGAUGUCAGAAGGCUACAAUACUCCGAAGAUCGGCCGCAGCGGCCCGACCUCGCCGGCCGCCUCGGAAAAAACGACGUCGAGCCGCGCCGUCCUCGCGGCGUUACGAGCACUGCAGGACAAGAUCGCACGUUUAGAAGGCGAGCGCGCCGAGGCGGUCCACGCGACCUCGGAGCUCCGCGCGCGGCUGCGGGAGGCGGAAGCAAGGCUGGACAGCGUCGGCGCGGCGCCGACGCCCGUGCGUGGCGGUGGCGACGAGCUCGACGAGCUGCGCGAGGCGCAGCAUAGAUUGGAGCGCGAGUACGCGGCGCGUGACGCCGCCGCCGCGGCCGCCGAGCGCCGCGCGGCCGAGAGCGAACAUAGAGCGAAGCAGGCGGCCGCGCGCGCCGCCAAGGCCGAGGAAUUGUUGGCGGCGUCGCGGUCCUCGAAGCCGGCAGACGCGUCGAAAUAUAUGCGGAAGAUUGCUAAGCUGGAGAAGAAGCUGCGGACGGCGGAGCGUUUACUGGAGACCGUGCUCCAGAUGAACAAGCUGCUCGUCGAGGGCCAGGCGCCGCCGCCGCCGUCGUCGCCGCGCGUGCGGACGCAACCGCCGCCGCCGCCUGCGAGAGCGCGGCCGCGACGCCGCGCGCGGCGGACGCAACCGCCGCCGCCGCGCGUGCGGUCGCGGUCGCCCCUAUCCAAGCCGAAGCGGCGGUCGCGGUCGCCGCGGCCGCGCGACGAGGCCCGGCCGCUGCCCUGGGUGCCGAGCUCUGACGGCGGCGUGAGCUUCAACCUGGCCGCCGCGUGCCAGUACGCGUUGCGCCGGACGCAGCACGCCUCUGCCGCGGCGUAA